UACACUUUGACUAUGUAUUUUCAACAGUACUGGAGAGAUAAGAGGCUGGCUUACGCUGGCAUACCUCUCAACCUCACGCUUGAUAACCGAGUGGCCGAUCAACUCUGGGUGCCUGACACUUACUUCUUAAAUGACAAGAAAUCAUUUGUGCAUGGCGUUACCGUGAAGAAUCGAAUGAUUCGCCUUCACCCGGACGGAACGGUGCUUUACGGCCUCAGAAUCACAACCACUGCAGCUUGUAUGAUGGACUUGAGAAGAUACCCAUUAGAUGAACAAAACUGUACUCUGGAAAUAGAAAGCUAUGGCUACACAACUGACGACAUAGAGUUCUACUGGAGAGGUGGAGAUAAUGCGGUCACUGGCGUGGAGAGGAUUGAGCUUCCUCAGUUCUCCAUUGUGGAAUAUAGACUGGUGUCAAAGAAUGUUGUCUUUGCCACAGGUGCCUAUCCAAGACUCUCACUGAGCUUCAGGUUGAAGAGAAAUAUUGGAUACUUUAUUCUUCAAACCUACAUGCCCUCCAUACUGAUUACCAUUUUAUCAUGGGUGUCAUUCUGGAUCAAUUAUGAUGCAUCAGCAGCAAGAGUUGCCCUUGGAAUUACAACUGUGCUGACUAUGACAACAAUCAACACUCAUCUGCGAGAGACUUUGCCUAAAAUUCCGUAUGUUAAAGCCAUUGACAUGUAUCUUAUGGGCUGCUUUGUAUUUGUCUUCUUGGCCUUACUUGAAUACGCCUUUGUCAACUACAUUUUCUUCGGAAAAGGCCCUCAAAGGCAGAAGAAACUUGCAGAAAAAACAGCAAAGGCAAACAACGAUCGCUCAAAGUUUGAAGGCAACCGGGUGGAUACCCAUGGAAACAUUCUGCUAACGUCGCUUGAAAUUCACAACGAGGUAGCAAGCAACGAGGUCACCACCAGCGUUACGGAUGCCAGAAAUUCAAUGAUAUCCUUUGACAACUCAGGAAUCCAGUACAGAAAACAAAGCUCACAUCGCGAAAGCCUUGGAAGACGUUCGUCAGAAAGAACAGGCUCCCACAGCAAGAGGGGCCAUUUACGAAGAAGGUCUUCGCAAUUGAAAAUAAAAAUCCCUGAUCUAACAGAUGUGAAUGCCAUCGACAGGUGGUCAAGAAUGGUGUUUCCAUUCACAUUUUCUCUUUUCAACUUAAUUUACUGGCUAUACUAUGUUAACUGA